AUGCCGCCGAUCCGAGCCUACCACGGGGCUUUCAGCUUCACCACGAGCCAACUGCAAGAGAACUCGAAGCGCGUAUUUCCAGACUACGACGCGAAAGACCUCAAAACAUGGCCGUUCGUCACACUAGCCGUCGUCGAGAGGUAUAAAGAGUACAAUGGUGUCCCGGAUCUACCUACGGGCGUUGCCUACGAGCGAGCAGUGGCAAAGCGAUAUGAAGAGAUGUACACUGCUGCAGAUCGUGUGGAAAUUGCUUCCAUGAAUGGCUCGUUCUACGAAAGAUACCCCUUCAAUUACAUUGAAAACGACAAUCCGAAAGAAACGGUCGGCAUGACUAUGGCGGAGUACUGCAAGUACAUGGAGAAAGCCGUUGCAGCCAACAAGGACGAGUUGAGGUAUUCAGAGCAUAAGCCCUCGAGGAAAUUCGGCGAAGAAACGGAUCAAACGUCCUGCACCAACAGCGAGUACGCACGAGAAGUCGCCAGGCUACAAGGAGAGCUAUUCGACAAGGGGAGCCAGCUUGUGGGUGCCCAAGAUUAUCUCCGGGAACAUGAGGCUACCGAACGCUUGCGGCGAAAGGCUGUGAAGGAUAAAGAUUAUGAGCUAAGACGCGAGGUGCAGCGCGCAGAUGCAGCUGUGAGGGAAUGUAUGGUUACCACGGAACAAAACAUAAAGCUGCUACGUCGUAUAAGAGACUUGGAGAUGAGCCAGAGACAGUCGAACGACCUAGGAGAGUAUUGCAGGAGGCUGGAGGUGGAAGUCAGAGACUUGAGGAAGAGGGCGGCAGGAAAGCGAGGCCGAGACAGGCGUGCAGAGUCAGAAUCUGACAUGGGCAUUAAUGGAAAUAACAAGAAGAGAAGGGCAUAG